UGAGCAUCAGGGUUUUGUUUCCCGCCAUUUCUUCUCUUGCUCCCGUCUAGGUCGCGCGAGGCGGGCGGAUUUCGUGGUGUUCUGCGAUGUCGCUCAAUCCGAAUGGCAGCGGCGAGAAUGCGCUCUCGCCUCCAUCGACGGAGGAUCGCUUGCCGAGAGGCGGGGAGAAUUCCAUGUCGGAGGCGGAGGUUGACCCUCAUGUGGUGGACAUGGGCAACGACGAGGAGGAAGAAGAGGUCGGAGAGGAUCUCUACACAGAGGAUUUCAUGCAAAGGGACUAUCAGCCAAACGAAGAAAUGGAUCGAUAUGAUUCCGCUGAUUUAGACGAUGAGCCGCUUGAUGAGAGGUCGUUUGAUCAGAUAAUGGCCGACCGCCGUGCUGCUGAAGCGGCGCUAGAUGAUCGAGACGAAGUUGGGAGUUUUAACAGUCCUGUGAAUAGGCGGACUAGAAACAGGAAGCUACCAGCGUUUCUCGAUGAACACGAUGAAUCCGAGGACUCCAGACCACGGCAGCGGGCUAGAGUCGACGAACCGGGAAAUCAAAUGCCGGACGAUGAAACGGAGGAGGAAGACGAAGACGAUGGAGCGGAUAUGUAUAACAUUGUCGGAAAUUUGCGGACGUGGGUGUCCAGAGACGACGUCAGAAGGUUCAUUGCAAGAAAAUUCCGGCAGUUUCUUUUGACAUACGUGAACCCCAAGAAUCAAGGAGGGCAGCCUGAGUAUGUGCGAUUGAUCAACGAUAUGGUUUCAGCAAAUAAGUGCAGCUUGGAAAUAGACUACACGGAAUAUUUGCAUGCCUACACAAAUCUUGCUAUAUGGCUAGCCGAUGCUCCCGAAUCCAUUCUCGAAGUGAUGGAGGAAGUCUUGCAAACCGUCGUUUUGAAGCUGUACCCGAACUAUGGAAAAAUUCACGAAAGAGUACACGUACGGGUGACUAAUCUUCCAGUCUUUGACCAGAUAAGAGAUAUAAGGAAAACACACUUAAAUUGCCUGAUUAGAAUUGGCGGAGUUGUGACCCGGCGGUCUGGAGUUUUUCCUCAGCUCAUGCAAGUGAAGUAUGAUUGCAACAAAUGCGGUGCAACACUCGGGCCCUUUUUCCAAAAUACAUCCAAAGAGAUCAAGGUUGGAUCUUGUCCGGAAUGCCAAUCACGAGGUCCAUUUUCCGUGAAUGUGGAAGAGACAAUUUACCGGAACUAUCAAAAACUAACAUUACAAGAAAGCCCUGGAAUUGUUCCUGCAGGCAGGCUUCCUCGCUAUAAGGAAGUCAUACUGCUUGACGAUCUUAUCGAUUGUGCACGGCCAGGAGAAGAGAUUGAAAUUACGGGCAUCUACACCAAUAAUUUCGACUUGGCGCUGAACACCAAAAAUGGUUUUCCUGUGUUCGCUACUGUUGUCGAGGCCAAUCACGUCAGCAAGAAACAAGAUCUUUUCUCUGCAUACAAGUUGACUGAAGAGGAUAAACUAGAGAUUGAAAAGCUGGCCAAAGAUCCACGAAUAGGAGAACGGAUUAUCAAAUCGAUUGCUCCAUCGAUUUACGGUCAUGAGAACAUAAAGACUGCUAUAGCUCUUGCCAUGUUUGGGGGGCAGGAGAAAAACGUACAAGGCAAACAUCGCUUGAGGGGGGACAUUAAUAUUCUCUUGCUUGGCGAUCCUGGAACAGCAAAAUCUCAGUUUCUCAAAUACGUCGAGAAAACUGCACAACGAGCGGUAUAUACCACAGGAAAAGGCGCCUCAGCUGUUGGAUUAACAGCAGCUGUCCAUAAGGACCCUGUAACUCGCGAGUGGACAUUAGAAGGCGGCGCCUUGGUCUUGGCCGAUCGUGGAAUCUGCCUCAUUGAUGAGUUUGACAAAAUGAAUGACCAAGACAGGGUAAGUAUACAUGAAGCCAUGGAGCAGCAAAGUAUCAGCAUCUCAAAAGCUGGUAUAGUAACAUCAUUGCAAGCUCGUUGCUCUGUGAUCGCUGCCGCAAACCCUGUAGGCGGCCGAUACGAUUCUGGAAAGACUUUCGCUUUGAAUGUUGAGCUAACCGAUCCUAUACUUUCUAGGUUCGACAUUCUCCUUGUUGUCAAGGACACUGUCGAUCCUGUCAUAGAUGAAAUGCUGGCAAGAUUUGUCGUUGACAGUCAUUUCAAGUCUCAUCCAAACAUUGCGAAGGAUCAAACUCCUGAAACUGCUGCGAAUACGGACCCAGAGAUAUUAUCUCAAGAUAUGUUAAGAAAGUACAUCACGUAUGCAAAGCUUUAUGUUUUCCCAAAGCUGCACGACGCUGAUUUGGACAAGGUUGCUCUUGUCUAUGCCGAUCUACGUCGGGAGUCCAUGUUUGGGCAAGGAGUACCAAUCGCAGUGCGGCAUAUCGAGUCUAUGAUCAGAAUCGCGGAAGCGCAUGCUCGUAUGCAUUUGCGUCAAUAUGUCCUUGAAGAUGAUGUGGAUAUGGCAAUUCGGGUGCUGCUUGAUUCUUUCAUUGCAACACAGAAAUACGGUGUCCAAAAAGCUCUGCAGAAGAGCUUUAAAAAAUAUAUGACUUACAAGAGGGACUUCAACGAACUGCUUCUUCACCUUUUGCGUGGUUUGGUCAAGGAUGCUCUUCGUUUUGAUGAAUUGAUGACUAUGCCUGGCCCUCGACUUUCAGUAGUUCACGUCAAAAUCACAGAUCUUGAAGCGAAGGCUCGUGAGUACAAUAUACUCGAUCUGCAGCCCUUUUUCAACAGUAGACAAUUUCUGGGUGCCAACUUCACGUUGGAUGUUGGAGCUGGAGUGGUAAAGCAUCCAGUCGCAUGAACAGUGAACUGUGAGAACUUUGUUUCUUAACCCUGUUUGUAUUUAUAUCAGUCCAAUUUAAAUGCUUCCUAAUAUGGUUUGUGGGAGUUUCUAUUUAAUGUGA